AUGGUCCCAAACACCUCAUGGGCAAUCCCACACACCCAGGAAUACCUUGGCACCAACCCAGAGCAGCCAUUCAUCAGACCAACAUCUGUAGAUCCCUCAAGUACAUCUCAAGCAGCAAUAAGCAACCCCCUAAGCAAAGGAUAUCUAUCAGCUCAACCAGGAGAAACAAAUGAAGAAAAGGAGGCAAGAAUAUUGCACAACAUUGCAACCAUCAUGGGCAGAGCCUUAUCUGUCCCACUUCAGAGCACCUUCAGGGGACUAUCCCAAACUCCUGGCCCAGCCCAAGUGAAAUCAAAGAUCCCUGCUCCUGAGAGGUAUGAUGGCAAGAAGGGCCCUGCAGCCAAAUCUCCUGGAUUGCAAAACCUACUUCCUCAGCAAUGCUCCCUUCUUCUCUUCUGA